UGGGAUAUGGCCAACUUCAUGCAAGGUGGCUAAAGAAGUUUCUAGAAAGGGCACCUCCAAUAAAAAAACAGUAGAGCUAAAAAAAGCUUUUUACUACACCAGUUUCUUUGCUAUACAGCAUCUUAAAGGCUUGCACCAGUUUUCCAAGCGUACUAAAACUGUGCUUAUCCAUAUUUUUUUUCAUCACUUUUUACUAUGGAUACAAUAAGGCAUGAAAAUACAGUCUUGCCCCUUGCCAGGUGCUGUGGAUCGCAUGUUUCCUCUCUUGCAGACCUGCCAAGGAUGACAUUGUCAUCAUCUCGUACCCAAAGUGUGGCGGCGUCUGGGUGGCACAGAUCGUUUACCUCUUACUCAACGACUGUGUGCCUAUUCCGAACAGCGGCUCCUUCAACCAGGCGAUGCCCAACCUGGAAGAGUAUGGCUACCUUCUGCUGAAGGAACGGUCGUCGUCCAGCACGGAGCAGAGGAUCAUCCGCACGCACCUGCCCUACCACAAGAUGCGCAUCAACCCCAUGGCCAAGUACAUCUAUGUGACACGCAACCCCAAGGACUGCUGCGUGGCCCUGUACCAGUACACCAAGGCCGCCGACGCCAUCUUCCGCUUCAAGGAGGGCACCUUCAACCACUUCUUUGAGUGGUUCAUCCGGGGCCGCAUGCCGUACAACGACUACUUCGACCACCUCAUCCCCUACUGGCUUCACCGCAAGGACUGCCACGUUCUCUUCUGCACCUACGAGAACCUCACCCUCGACCACAAGAGCAACAUCUUUGUGCUUGCAAACUUUGUCGGCGGUGUGGCUGGCACGAUGGUCAAAGAUCGGCACAUGUUGAAGAAGCUGAUCUACCGAAGCUCCUACUCGUACAUGAGCCGCUUUUAUGAGCAAGAAGACCACCUGGGAAACCUGUCGAAGGGCCGGAUCGGGGAGUGGAAGAACACGCUGUCGUCCCUGCAGUGCGCACGAAUCGACAAGAAGUUCAACGACCGCUUUGGAAACAGCGAAAUCGCCAAUCUCUGGAAGUAUAUUGUACGCUUUGAGAAUCCUGGAUCCACCACUAAUGAAAGUGAAUAGCUGUAAUGCACAGUUUCCCAUAUCUGCAAGUCAUGAUGCACAACAGCCCAUAUAUAGUAUCAGUAUGCUUACCUGUUCCGGUUUUCUCUUUGGUUUUGUUUUUACAAAUGAGAUUUAUGCAAUACAUAUGUAUCUGCUUUUUCCUUUGUUUCUGUGGUCUGCGCCUAAGUAAAACUAUAUUGUAAAAAAAAAAAAAUUAAAAUGGGAUGUUUUUAUAA